UGAUCCAGCGAACGGGGCCGGUGGCAAGUAAAGCGGAACCGGUGCCCUGUAAAGCGGCGCCGGUACCGCCGUCAUGGAGACAUCGGGACAUCUCCACGAUUCGGGCGUGGGGGACUUGGAGGAGGAUGGUCGGUGUCCCUGCCCGUUACCGGGGGAUGAACGGUCACCGCCGCCGCCCUCCGCGCUGCCGCCGCUCCAGCACAGCCUGUUGCACUCCUCGCCCGGGUCGCUACGGGCCCCUCCUCCUCCUCCCGCCGCCCCCGCCGCCCUCCACCCUUCCUCCCGCCACGGUAGCCAGCUCAACCUCGGCGACCACCCAGCGGGCUCUGGGGUGGCUAGCAGCAAACACCGGCAGCCCAGCCCCUUGGUUCAUCGGCGGGACAGCAACCCCUUCACCGAGAUUGCCAUGAGCUCCUGCAAGUACAGCGGAGGGGUGAUGAAGCCCCUGAGCCGACUCAGCGCAUCCCGACGGAACCUCAUCGAGGCCGAGCCGGAGGCACAACCCCUGCAGCUCUUUGGUGCCGGUGAUCCCCCUGAAAUUGUUGUCUCACGGGAGGACAACCAUGCUCCCGCCACCCACCGUCCCACCCGCCCGCCUGCCCGGCCGGCUCCCACCACCUUUGCCAAGGGGCCCAAGCGCAAGGCUCAGAACAUUGGCUACCGGCUUGGGCACCGCCGGGCACUGUUCGAGAAGAGGAAGCGCCUCAGUGACUACGCGCUCAUCUUCGGCAUGUUUGGCAUUGUCGUCAUGGUCAUUGAGACCGAGCUCUCCUGGGGGCUCUACUCCAAGGACUCCAUGUUCUCCCUGGCCCUGAAAUGCCUUAUAAGCCUCUCCACUGUCAUCCUGCUGGGCCUCAUCAUCGCCUAUCACACACGGGAGGUGCAGCUCUUUGUGAUCGACAAUGGAGCUGACGACUGGCGGAUAGCAAUGACCUACGAGCGCAUCCUCUACAUCAGCCUGGAGAUGCUGGUUUGUGCCAUACACCCCAUUCCUGGGGAGUACAAAUUUUUCUGGACAGCUCGCCUGGCUUUCUCCUACACACCUUCUCGGGCAGAGGCUGAUGUGGACAUCAUCCUGUCUAUCCCCAUGUUCCUGCGCCUCUACCUGAUUGCUCGGGUGAUGCUGCUGCACAGCAAGCUCUUCACUGAUGCCUCCUCACGCAGCAUUGGGGCACUCAACAAGAUUAACUUCAACACCCGCUUUGUCAUGAAGACACUCAUGACCAUCUGCCCUGGGACCGUGCUGCUGGUCUUCAGCAUUUCCCUCUGGAUCAUUGCUGCAUGGACAGUCCGUGUGUGCGAGAGGUACCAUGACCAGCAGGAUGUAACCAGCAACUUCCUGGGUGCAAUGUGGCUCAUCUCCAUCACCUUCCUCUCCAUCGGCUAUGGUGACAUGGUCCCACACACCUACUGUGGGAAGGGAGUCUGCCUGCUCACUGGCAUCAUGGGUGCUGGAUGUACAGCACUGGUGGUGGCUGUGGUGGCCAGGAAGCUGGAGCUCACCAAAGCUGAGAAGCACGUCCACAACUUCAUGAUGGACACACAACUGACAAAGCGGAUCAAGAAUGCAGCAGCCAACGUCCUGCGGGAAACAUGGCUUAUCUACAAGCACACCAAGCUGUUGAAGAAGAUCGACCAUGCUAAAGUCAGAAAGCAUCAGAGGAAGUUCCUACAAGCCAUCCACCAGUUACGGAGCGUGAAGAUGGAGCAGAGGAAGCUGAGUGACCAAGCCAACACCCUUGUCGACCUCUCGAAGAUGCAGAACGUGAUGUACGACCUCAUCACAGAACUAAAUGACCGCAGCGAGGACCUGGAAAAGCAGAUCAGUGGCCUGGAAUCCAAGCUGGAGCAGCUCAGUGCCAGCUUCAACUCCCUGCCCCUGCUGAUGGCCGACAUGCUGCGCCAGCAGCAGCAGCGCCUGCUCACCGCUGUCCUGGAGGCCCGGGGGGUUGGUGUGCCAGUGGGCACCCCCCAAACACCUCUCUCUGAGAGCCCCAUUGGGGUCAGCUCCACCUCCUUCCCCACCCCUUACACGAGCUCAAGCAGCUGCUAAAACGCAGCCCCUCGGCCCCACCGUGGACAGGGGAAGCAUUUCCACACAGAUCAUGAGGUCUCUGUGAACUUUCUUCUGGUCCUUGAACCGCUGCAGGACCCUUCAGCUGGAGCCAGUGGGACCAGCAGUGCCGAGCAACGCUCGGAGCUUUGCCAACGCCUUGGUAUCGGGAAUUGCAUCCCCGUUCAGGUGCCUCUACACGUGGUGAAGGAAGGGGACAGAAGGUGAUGCCUUGGGCCAGCCUGUGCCGUGGCGUCCGGUGAGAGACGGAAAACCCACGCUCAAUCUCAGGUCUUCACAUUUGAAAACAAAACAAAACAAAACAAAACACCAAGUCAGGAGCACUGAAGCAACGGAGACACCGGAGGGAGAGCUUUUCUCCCUGGGGCACUCCCCUCGCCCCCUGCCCCUCUCACGAUUUGCCAAACCUCGCCAGGCAGAUGCCAAUGUGGGGGGUUCGUUAUGCAGGCUCUGGCUGACGCUGCCGAUGCUCCAUCCCAUCUCCUUGCCAGGAUCCACAGGACAGCCCCCUCACGCUGACAGCUGGGUGACAAUGUCUGGCUGUAACCUUCCUGGGGAGUUCUCUGGAGCUGUGAAUGUUUUCUACCCAGAGAAGAACAACAGAUACUUCUUCUUUCUGGUCCUUAGUGUCAUAUCCUGCCUGGAGACACGUGCCAGAGCCAGGAAAGCAGUGCCUACAGCGUGCAGGGCCAC